ACUGCUGAGCAGUGCUGUUCACGGCGGUGAAGAGGUGAGGUUUGGAGGCUCCACAGACAAAAUGCAGAGAUCAUCAGAGCUCUGCGGGACUUCAACAUGAAGACACACGAGUCCGCUACCGGCCCCGUCACUGUCACACUGCAGCACUUCUCCCACAUUUAGUUUGGAGGCUUUUAUCAGUGAAGAGAAAACACAAAGUGGCAUCCAGACUGCAUGGAGGAGUCACCGACCGGGAUGGGCUGAGUCUCCACGGUUCUCAUGGUGUGUUUAAGUGCACCGCCCUGCUCUGUACUUUUCAUUAGUCCAGUGACAGUCAGACUCUCUGUGUUACCGUGAGUAGGAACAGAAUCUUGAAUAGAAAAUGGCAGAAGUAGCUCCAGCCGCCUCCCCGGCCAAAGCAGCCAAGAAGAAGGUUUCCAAACCGAAGAAGGCCGUCCCCAGCGUCAGCGAGCUCAUCGUUCAAACUGUGGCCGCUUCCAAGGAGCGGAGCGGCGUGUCUGCGGCCGCCCUCAAGAAGGCUCUGGCUGCCGGAGGCUACGAUGUGGACAAGAACAAGGCCCGCGUCAAGACCGCCAUCAAGAGCCUGGUGGCGAAGGGGACUCUGGUCCAGACCAAGGGGACCGGGGCCUCUGGAUCCUUCAAGAUGAACAAGAAGGCUGUUGACACCAAGGCUAAGAAGCCGGUCAAGAAAGCCGCUCCUAAAGCCAAGAAGCCCGCAGCGGCCAAGAAGCCCAAAGCAGUGGCAGCUAAGAAGCCAGCAGCCGCUAGCAAGUCCCCGAAGAAGGCCAAGAAACCAGCAGCGGCCAAGAAAGCAGCCAAGAGCCCCAAGAAGGCCACAAAGAGCCCCAAAAAGGCGACCAAGAGCCCUAAGAAAGUGGUCAAAAAGGCCCCUGCAGCCAAGAAAGCCCCCGCGAAGAAGGCUGCCAAGCCCAAAGUGAAGAAGGCAGCACCCAAGAAGAAGUGAGCUGUAGUCUCAUCAACAAACGG